AUGCCAAGCCGCUCUGGGUCAGCCCCAAACACACCACUCACACCCCGCAAUACAUUUUUUGUGCCAACCGACUACCAAGACACAGUCCCUGGUGAAUUUGAGGAAAAGUUAAAACAAACUCAGAACUCCCGUCCUCAGACAUCUGUCAGUGUCAGCGAGUACUCCCGCAAGGAAUACCAGCCUAGGCCGUCCCCCAAACUGACCAGAGCAAGCUCCAAGAUCUUUGAGAAGGUGCGCGGUUUCGAAGAGCGAAGGCGAAGCUGUGACCAUGAAGGCUCCAUCUCGGGACGGUCCUGGGCCGGGUUCAACCGCGCUGUGUCCGUUGACUCAGACGACGGAGGGAGCCGGUUGGGCAUCUCCAGAGAGAGUUCGAGGGAAGACCUACGAGAGGCUCUGAAGGUGGACGCUGCCGAACGGAGGUCCAAUUUCAGACAGAAGGCUGCGUCCUUGGAGGACUGCAGGCCCCGUACCACCCAGAAGGUCCAGGACAUCGAUAACAAGUUCACUGAAGAGCUUCAACGAAUCAAGAAGCUUGUGGGUAAACUUCACAUGAAGAAGUCAUUCUCCACCGAGCAGCUCUCGCUCAGGGCAAGAGGUAGGCAGCCCUUGAGGAAGAUUGAGCCCCUCCCACCGCAAAUUCUCCAGAAGCUCCAGGAAAGGGAGCGUGUCCAUCAGGAGAAGGAGCAGAAAGAGACAGAACAGCCUAAAGAGGUAGCACCACCAAAAUCACCACGACUGCACCUACAAGAACAAGCACGACAGGGGCAGCCUUCGCCCCAAACCCACGAGACUGAGGGCCCCUCCAUGAGUAACAUAACAGUCAGUAGAUUGGGAGAUGUAGCAGCCACUCCAGAAUCUAUGCAACAGGCUGACUUACUGGGACAGAGGCCAACAAGACAGGUAAAUCGAGCAAGUCCAGUCAGGGAGAUCCGUCAGAGGUCUCCAUCACCAGCAAAGAUGCAGCUGCAGAGGGCUUACGAUCCAUCGGCAAAUCGCCAACAACAGGAAGAGUCACCAAGCAGAACUGUUGUCAACAUGACGUUAUGCAAAGUUGUUCAGAGGGUAUCUCGUAUGCAAGAAUCUCAGGACAUCCAAGAAUCUCCUGCCCAAAAGUCCCCAAAGGAAGAAUUGUCAGGAAGGAAAAUACCUGUAGAGGUAGCCUUAAGAAAAGUAGAGCAUAGACCAGAAAGUCAAUUGGUACAGAGAAAGCCUUCCGUUGUACAAGAGCAUCCAAUACAACCUCUGCAAAAACCUCCACGGCUGGUUACCUCUUCUACAAACAUUCCAGUCUCCCCAUCUGAGGAGAAAAUGGAAGUGGAGUUAAUCAAGCCAGACCCCAAGCUAAUCAUACCUACCAUCAUUGUCGAAGAAGAGCCCAUGGAAGAGGAAGUUCCUCCAGAGACUAACAAGUCUAAGGAACUGACCAAUGUGAAAGAAGGCCAAACACAGAAGACCAGGGUGAAGGGUCGCUGCACUAGGCCCAUGUCUCCAGAGUUAGGUGCGAAUUAUUUUCAAUAUCAAUCUUUUUUGGUGAAAAUGAAAAUGUCUGUCAUGUGCAUAUUAGAGGCUUCUUAUCUUAUUGCCCUUGUAUUUUCAAAGUCCAAUGCUAAUGGGUAUUCCUCAGUUCUGAACACAGCCAUGAAUGUCUUCGUAAUUUCGUUAAAACUGGGUUUUCAAAUGUACGUUUUGUAAUCUGUGCAGAUUCUUCAGACGACUCUUACGUGUCUGCUGAAGAGGACCCCUUGGAGGCCCCUAUGUUUGAGUUUCCUCUUAAGGACACUGUGGCAACUGCUGGUACUGAGGUCCUGCUGAGAGUCAUCAUUGCCGGCACCCCUCUCCCAGAAGGCAAGCUAUCUCUAUCUCUAUGUAGCACAUACACUGAGUGUACAAAUCAUUAGGAACACCUUCCUAAUAUUGAGUUGCACCCCCUUUUGCCCUCAGAACAGCCUCAAUUCGUCGGAGCAUGGACUCUACAAGCUGUCGAAAGCAUUCCACAGGGAUGCUGGCCCAUGUUGACUCCAAUGCUUCCCACAGUUCCAAUGCUUCCCACAGUGUGUCAAGUUGGCUGGAUGUCCUUUGGGUGUUGGACCAUUCUUGAUACACACGGGAAACUGUGGAGUGUGAAAAACCCAUCAGCGUUGCAGUUCUUUACACACGCCUGGCACCUACUACCAUACCCCAUUCAAAGUCAUUAAAAUAUAUUGUCUCCAUUGGAGAACCCUUUGAAUAACCCUUUUGGGUGUGGAACACUUUUCACAGAGGGUUCUACCUGGAACCCAAAAUAGUUAUUCAAAGGGUUCUCCCAAGGGGACAGCCAAAUAACCAUUUUGGAAGCCUUUUUUCUAAGAAUGUAGGCACCACCUUUACUCCGGUUUGUUUUGUGCACAUUUGUUUUGUGCACAAAUGUCUUUUUGAUAUCACCUCAGCUUAUUUUUGUCUGUGUCCUUAUCUAGUUACCUGGAGACGAGACAAUAUUGAGAUCACUAACAGCCCAAACUAUGGGGUCAAAGUGGAGGGAGAGCGGUAUUCACUUCUCAUCAAAUGUGCAAAACCAAGUGAUGCUGGAACGUACUGUGUGACAGCUGCCAAUGAGGCUGGGAAAGCAUUUAGCAGUGCCACCCUUUCCAUCAAACCA